AUGGAUGGCUCUAUUGAUUUUAAUCGCACCUGGAAUGACUACAAACAUGGCUUCGGUAACUUGGUCGGUGAAUUUUGGCUCGGACUGGACAAGAUAAACCGUCUGACACAAAACAAGACAAAGAACAUGCUUCGAAUAGAUCUAAUGGUAACUACUCGCCAAACUGUUCACGCUGAGUAUGAAUGGUUUGGGAUUGGGAACGGGACGACUGACUACCGGCUGUACAUUGGCAAUAUGACAAGUAAGUAAACCGUCUUUUUAAACAUUCAUCGUUGGAUUUUUAUAUGUUACUUUCCUUUCGACGUCUAGUGCCCUAUUCACACCAAAGCUUAAGAGUUGUUUUGCUAAAAACGAUUUAAAAUUGGUUUCUUUAGAGAAGCUGCCUAAACUAAUGUUUUUCCACUUCAAAUUUAGCCAAUUGACAAUACAAGUUAGUGAAAACUUGAAUCCAAUGGAAAACUCAGUUAUUCAGUUCUCUGUUAUUGAUUGUUAAUUCAAUCCCCUCCCCCAACUCCACGUAACCUGCAGAUAAUGGUUUCAGUCUAGCGUUUGAGUGUUUUUUGCUGUUAAUUCUGCCUAUACCUAGUUAAAGUCCGCGCUACUCCGAACACAGUUUGCUUUCGAAGCUCCUUGAGAUAGAAAAGUCAUUGAACUCGGCUUUAGCAAAAUCAUAAAAUUUGAGUAUUAAUUUUUUUUCCCGAUAUUUUUGGAUUUCGUUUACUUCGUCGAUUAUCGGGUUUGGGGCGUCAAAAGUAUUAUCUUGAUCCUAAUAUUACGGAAUUUUCUUUUUUUCUUUUUAAACAGAUGCAACUGUUUCCUCUGAUUCCCUCAAUCUUCACAAAGAUCUCAAUUUUGGUAGCUGGGAUAGAGAUCCUGCUAAUUGUCCUCUAAAAAGGGGCGGAGGCUGGUGGUAUGGCAGAAGUAGUAAUUGUGCUGUUUCUUCGAAUCUCAACGGAAUUUAUCCGCAUUGUCGAAAGGAAACCUGGGCCGAUAUCUAUUGGAAAGAAUUAGAUCCAAACAAUCCCAAGGGCAACGCCCCCACAUCAACUGAAAUGAAAAUAAGACCAGUGGAUUUUUUGUAA